CUUCGAAGAAUUGUGAGAGAGUUUGGUGUAAAAUGUGGAAGAAAAAUAUUUUUCUCACUUUUUUGCUGAUUUUUGCUUCAAUUAGUGAAUUAACUAAUUGUGAAAAACAACCGAGCUAUGAUUUAGACAUAGAGGAACCACCGGUUAUAAAAGAAGAUCAAAGACUGGCUCAGUGCUCAAUUUUGUGGUUUAAUGUUGGUGAUCCACAGCCAUUGUUUCUCAUACCUAAUACAACAGAAUUCUUCGUACCUGUGCACCCAAAUGGGAUAAUGAGACUCACAGCUGGGCAACAAAUAGAACUCUUCUGCUCAUCAUACUUCCCUCUGUUUGGCACCAACGUUCAAACUAUCUUCGCUUCGUGCGUGAGUGCGGACACAUUCUCAGUGAAUGGGCAACAUCAUCAAAUAUCAAGCCUCACAUGUGCAGACCAUCCAAUUCAUACAGCUAGGAAUACGGGGAUUCAGUGCCAUGGAAGUGGGAGCCGUUUAACGGAAAUUGGUUUUCCCGUACAUGGGAGAUUUUUCCAUCUGUACGACGUAUGCCACAACACGGAAAUAUCGACAACCUACUACAGUCACUUCUGGCUCAGGCCUGGCAAUCAGGGCUUCCAAAGGGGUUUAGUCAGACCAUCUUUCCUGCAGUACGACCACUUCCCGAGCAACAUAGACGUGGACUACAUGUACCGCAGGAAUACCCAAAGGCAGACAUUUGCAGAAAUUCUGCAGGAUCAACAACUAGCUAAUGACAUAAUUCACCCAUCGAAUGAAUACUUCCUGGCUCGAGGACACUUAGCAGCUAGAGCUGAUUUUAUCUUUGCGAACCAUCAAAGGGCAUCAUUCUACUUCAUCAACGCUGCGCCACAGUGGCAGACAUUCAACGGUGGCAAUUGGGAGAGGAUUGAAGAUGGAGUACGACGCUUUGUUGCUGAUCGUGGCAUUGAAGUUGAGGUCUUCACAGGGAUCUGGGGGGUUUUACACAAGUACGACAUUAAUGCUAACCGACAGCCACUAGUCUUGGUCAAUGACUUAGCUAAUCCUCGCAUUCCAGUUCCUAAAUUCUUCUACAAAGUUGUCUACGAACCAAAAACCUCAUCAGCUAUUGUAUUUAUUGGGGUGAAUAAUCCUUAUGCAACGUGGCAGGAAAUUACCAAUGAAUACAUUUUAUGCAGUGAUGUAGGAGAUCGAGUGAAUUGGGUCAACUGGGACAGGGAGAGACUUUCCCUCGGCUUUUCCUAUGCAUGUGAAUGGCAUGAUUUUAUACGAGAAGUGGAUCAUUUACCCAAUUUGUGGGUGACACAGUUGCUGCUGUAAAAACCUUUUUAUUUUCCCUUUUUUUUUUAAAGUAAAAUUCAAGAGGAAAAUAACUGGUCAGCGUAGGAAAAUUGUAGUUCAGUUUAGAAUUAACAGAAUUGUGACUUUAAUUCUGGAAUGAGAUACAAUUUUCCUAUGCUGAUCUGUGGAAAAUCGAUUAUCUGGCUUUUUCUUUUAGUAAAAAUCUUUUAAAAGAGCUUUUUUUUUGUCUAGAAGAUCAAAAUGAGAAAUAUUUUUCCUGAAAAUUUUAAUAAAAUUUAUCCUUAAAAGAGACGAAA